UCGUGCAGACGGAUGGAUUUCGUCACUGAUCUCAGUCCGCCAUUUUAAUCAACGCGGCACUUUAUUCGUGUUGGAGUCUUUGACCUUUUAAAACCGCUGUAAUAUAUACUAUUAUAUAGUUAGUGUCGGAUCAAACUACACGUACUCCAAAAUGCAGGCCGAAGAACAAGGUGACUUCAGCACUGACGAGUUUCCAGAAGGCUCCAAAAUAAACGCGAGUAAAAACCAGGAGGAUGACGGUAGGAAAAUGUUCAUCGGUGGGCUCAGUUGGGACACCAGCAAGAAAGACCUUACUGACUACCUGUCCAAGUUUGGAGAAGUCCUGGACUGCACCAUCAAAACAGACCCCAUGACCGGCCGCUCCAGGGGCUUUGGUUUCGUGCUCUUCAGAGAUGCUGAGAGUGUUGAUAAGGUGUUAGAGCUGAAGGAGCACAAGCUGGAUGGCAAAUUGAUUGAUCCCAAGAGAGCCAAAGCAAUUAAGGGCAAGGAACCCCCCAAGAAGGUUUUUGUCGGAGGUCUAAGUCCAGACACAACUGAGGAACAGAUCCGGGAAUACUUUGGAGCUUAUGGGGAUAUUGAAAGCAUUGAGCUUCCCAUGGACACCAAAACAAACGAGAGGCGGGGAUUCUGCUUUGUGACAUACGUUUUAGAGGAUCCAGUUCAGAAACUGCUGGAGAACAGAUACCAUCAAAUUGGAUCAGGGAAGUGUGAAGUCAAAGUUGCCCAGCCUAAAGAAGUGUACAGACAGCAGCAGAACAGAGCGGACCGGGGCUUUGGAGGAGGACGAGGAGGAGGACGAGGAGGCCGUGGAAGAGGACAGGGCCAAGGCUAUAAUCAAGGAUACAACAGCUACUAUGGCCAGAACUAUGGAGGCUACGGCAACGGAUACAACCAGGGCUAUAAUGGCUAUUCUGGCUAUGACUAUUCAGGAUACAACUAUCCAAAUUAUGGCUAUGGACAAGGCUAUGAUGAUUACAAUGGUCAACAGAGCAGUUAUGGCAAGGCCUCACGAGAGGGCGGAAACCAUCAGAACAGCUACCAGCCGUAUUGAUGAAGUGGCUAAACACAUUCAUAUAAAUGCGGGGACUUCAUUGCAGGCCGUGUGUCACCUGACCACGACAUUCUCUGGGCGUCGCACAUAGCGGGCAGAGAGCACGGCAUGCACAAGAAAGCGCUGUCCUGUGGUAUGGUCUCUUCAAACUUCCUGUACCAGCGUAAAACAAACAAAAAGACAAAGGAGAUUCCCCCAUUUUCCUUAAGUUGUUGGUUUUUGUUAACAGUUAAAGUGUGUUUUUUCCAGGACUUUACUAAUGUAACCUAAAAGUGAUUCAUAACUGCUUUGUUGUAUUCUCUUUUUCAAUUGUAGUGCUCUUGUAUUUCAGUUGUGGAGCUUCAGUGAUUUUAUUUAUUUGUUUUCUUUGGUUUUUUUCCUUAAAACGGUCACCUCCCUUGUAAAUAAUUGCAUAAACUCUCUCAUAAUGCUUGCUUUUUCUUUAGAGGCCAUAGAGAACUUCAAAUGGGUACACCUCAAGGCUUUUUCUUAAACGUAGCUUUUAAAGAUCAUAUGUAAAGUGGGUUUACGAAGCCAUUAAAAGCUGACAAAUCUGUAUUAGACAGAUGAAACCAACUCAUGUAUUGGCUAAAUGCAAAUGACAUUGCGAUUUUCAGGUUAAGAUGUUUGGGCUCGCUCCUCGAAUGGUCAACCAGCCACUUGGAGCUGAAGCUUUUGCUGGCUUAUGAGCUGUUUUGUCAAUAUAAGACGUCGAACAUAUGAUCUUUAAUCUUUAAUGAUGAUUUUCCUAGUUUAAAAUCGACAGCUCAAGAAGUUAAACACUGAAACAUGGACGUGCUGUUUUUUGACACGUCCAAAUCGGAGUCAUUCAUCUUGUGUAUCUUCUCUUGUAGGUCGGCAGGCUGACUUCGACAUUGCUCCUCGGAGGCAGCUUGUGGAAUCCUGUCCUUAAACAACUAUUAAAAAUGUUAUUCGGUCCUCUGGGGACAAAUUCAGUGUCUGACCUUGUAAAUAGCGAGACGUUUUGUUUCCAAGUUUGUCUUAUUCUGUGCUUUGUUCAGACCGAACCUGUAGGUUUUGUGCUGUGUUCUUAAGUCUUGAUUAGGAAAAGUGUCCUUUAUUUUGUAUUUUAGUUCUUUUCCUUAAGUUUUUUGGAUAAAGGGAUUAAAAAAAUGGGAAAAAAUUUUGUUGUGCUGUUUUCAUUUUCUGAGUUAUACACUGCCUCUGCAUGCAGACUUUAACUGGAGUUGUAAUACAUACUUGUGUUAUAUAAAAAAUAUAUUAACUUA